GCAACAAUCACUCAUCUUGUUGAGUCAUUCAUUGUGCCUCAAGAUUUGACAACAAUAAGCUUGUCCUUCCCAAUUGGACCAAUGGAGAUUCAAAAAAUGCGUCAUUUUAUUUCCAUGGAAAAAUACUCUCUUUUGUAUAGAACCAAAUGAAAACUCGGUCAAAAAACAAAAUACUGGAUAUUGCCUUAUCUGAAGAAAAGUUUUAUUUUCCAGGAGAAACAAUUCAAGGUGCUGUUCUGGUUAAGGUCAAGAGCAGUAUGAAAGUGAAUCCCAUCAUUGUCAAGUUCUCAGGUGCCAUUUACUUACAUGCAAAAGACAAGGAAGUGAUCACUUUAUUCCAGACAAGUAAAACUAUUCCUGUCAAUAAAAAGGUUUUAGAACCGAAAGACUAUAGUUUUCCUUUUGAAUUUUUGGUGCCUGAAAACUUACCUAGUGCUAUGGAUUUUGGCAAGCAGAAAAUAGCUCGAAUUGCUUAUAAGCUAACAGCUAUUUUGGAUCGACCCAUGGUACCUGAAAGUUUAUGUCCUAAAGUCGAAUAUCCAGUGCUGGUGCUAGAAUGUGUGGAUGUAACAAAAGAUAACUUUGUUAAGCCUUUGGAAAGACAGAAACAAGUGGCUUUCAACAAUGGACAAUGUCAAAUCAAAUUAACAGUGCCUAGAACAGGCUUUACUCGAGGAGAAACAGUGCCUGUCAAUGUGAUUGUGAAUACUUCCCAAAGUUUUGUCAAAAAAGAAGCAAUAUCCAUCAACUUGGUUCGAAAAGUAAAGAUAAAGACAUCAAGGAAUACGCUGGAUGAAGAACACAUUCUAAAAUCAAAUAAGCUUGAUCUCAACAUUAUUGGACCUUACAACUUUUCUCAGUCAAUAACAACGCAAUUGCUGAUACGCACAACACCUCCAACCAUUCGAUAUAAAGAUCAAACACUACGCAUUCACUAUAAAAUACGAGCACAACUCUUUUCAAACGAGAAAAAGACACCCAUUGGCGUGGUUGAAUUGCCUAUUGUAAUUGGCACUUGGCCCCGUGCCGAUGUGCCUAUUGACGACGAUGAUGACCAGGAUAUCAUUCAAAAUAUGGGGGAAAUGAUGAUUGGUGAUGAAACAGACGAUGAUGAGGAUGGUUGGAUAGAGAAUGAAUCAGAGUACAAAAAGGCUGAAUCUUUAAGAAGAUCAGGGUCAAAUAGCUCAAUGCGGUCUGCGUCUUCUUGGAUGUCUCACCGCCUCUCUUUAGGCAGCCAUCAAAUGAUACCCGAGCAUCAUAGAAACACAAUCUCAAGCUUCAAUUUACCAGAAUGUUACCUCAACAAAUCUUCGUCUACACCUGACUUACUCGCCCCAUUACAAGGCCGUACUCGCGUGAUUGAUCCUGCAGUAAGAAAUUCUUUUUACGAAACUUCAUCAGAGCAUCGCCCUUCUCAUUCAAUACAUUCAAUUCAAUCUACAUUUUCACAGCCACAACAUCGUCGUGUUGGAUCCGAUAGUCUAUCUUCACCUCCACUUCCACUUCCACUCCCACCUCCACCUCCACAAGUGCCUAAUCAUAUCCUUACAUUUAUGGCUGAUAGCAGUGUCCCACAACCGCGACGAAUUGAGCCUGAUGUAUCUGAUUCUGACUUGAGUGAUGAAGACGAUGAUGAUUUGUUUGCUAUUAUUGAAAAGAAAAAGAAGAGGCAAGAAAAGGAAUUACGACAGAAACAAAGGCAAAUGUAUACAUUGAAAGAAUAGCUUUUUAUUUUUAUUUUUAUUUUAUAAU